UAGGUCUUCCAGGGACUUUAUGUGGGACUGGGAAAUCACUUCCUUUUUUUGCAUCAUAAUCAGGAGAGAGGUAGAGUAGACAACCUUUGAGGGUUCUUUAUCCUCUGAGCCCGUAAUCCCCAGGACUUGAGAGCAUGAAGUGAAGGACUUUGGAGUUUGAGGCCAGCCUGAGCUACAGAGCAAGACCUAUUUCAAACACACAUCCCAUAAAGCCACAUACUCAUGGUGCCUCAACAGAUACAAGAGCGCUUCAAAGUUAGACCCACGCUCCUCUGCCCGUGGACGACUCCACACUUCCCUGGUGUUACCGAUUGACAAUCGCCGGCUGGAUCCAAACCACACCUCCCAACACGCCCUCACUGCUCUACAAUCUAACUUGAGGGGCUUUGCAAUUGCACGCGCUGCACACUGGGGCUUGUAGUCUCCUAUGAGAUCUGUCGCAAGCAGAAGCUCCAGGCCUGUCUCUAGAACUACCGGCCCGAGGCUUUUCCCUCCACAGGACCGCGGAGGCUUCCGUGGCUACCCCCUGGGAAGCCGCUCACCGUCAGAGGUCGUUGGAACUAAAGGCACACCGUCGUCACUGUCAGCGGCCAUGACGCCGCGCGCGCUCCGCGCCAGGCUUCUGUGGGUACGCGGAGACUUCCGCUUCGUCUCCCGGAGAGACUCCGGUCUAGGAUGGGGCGGGAUCUCGGCGUCAGGGUCCCGUAGGGUCAACUUCCGUUCGGAGGGGCCCGGCCGAGUGCGGAGCGCGGGCCUUGCGCGCGCUGAGUGUCUAUUGGCUGAGCGUCCGGACUGAGCGAAGCCACGCCCCUUGGCGGGUUCUCUGGGGCUGCGGGUUGGAGACUGCGCACGAGGUUGUCAUGAAGAAGCUACGAGCGUCUGUAAGGAGUCACAGGAAGCCACUAGCCAACCAUGAGAGAAGGAGAAAAUGUGCCCUCAGCAGUAGCCAGGCCACACCCUCUGCCUCUGAUGGCCAGGCCAAGCCGAAGAAAGAAGAGUUACUGCAGGCCUCCGUCUCCCCGUACCAUCUGUUCAGGGACAUGGCCGAUGUCACGACUUUCCGAAGGAACUUGCUCAGCUGGUAUGACCAAGAGAAGCGGGACCUACCUUGGAGGAGAUGGGUCAAGGAGGAGGCCAAUUUGGACAGGCGGGCCUAUGCUGUGUGGGUGUCAGAGGUUAUGCUGCAGCAGACCCAGGUCGCCACAGUGAUCGACUAUUACACCCGAUGGAUGCAGAAGUGGCCAACACUUCAGGACCUGGCCAGUGCUUCCCUGGAGGAGGUGAACCAGCUUUGGUCUGGCCUGGGCUACUAUUCUCGAGGCCGUCGGCUGCAAGAGGGAGCUAGGAAGGUACAUGGGCAAUGCACCAAAGAUUCGGAGGCCGGCGGCCUCAGGUGUCCUAAAACUGAGCCUUCCUACCCGAAUCAGGUGGUGGAGGAGCUGGGAGGUCAUAUGCCACGGACAGCAGAGACCCUGCAGCAGCUCCUGCCUGGCGUGGGGCAGUACACAGCCGGAGCCAUUGCUUCGAUAGCCUUUGACCAGGUGACUGGUGUGGUGGAUGGGAAUGUUUUACGGGUGCUGUGCCGUGUCCGUGCCGUUGGUGCCGAUCCCAGCAGCACCCUUGUCUCUCAUCACCUCUGGAACCUAGCUCAUCGGCUAGUGGAUCCAGCCCGGCCGGGGGACUUCAAUCAAGCAGCCAUGGAGCUGGGGGCCACAGUCUGUACCCCCCAGCACCCUCUCUGCAGCCGGUGCCCUGUGCAGAGCCUGUGCCGGGCAUACCAGCGGGUGGAGCGGGAACAGCUUUCAGCCUUGCCAGGCAGUCCUGACAUAGAGGAGUGUGCUCUCAAGACUAGACAGUGCCAGCUUUGCCUGCCUCCCACCAAACCCUGGGACCCCGCUCUGGGAGUGACCAACUUUCCUCGAAAGGCCAGCCGUAAGCCUCCCAGGGAGGAGUACUCUGCCACUUGUGUUCUGGAGCACCCCAGAGCCACUGGGAGUCCCCUCAUCCUGCUGGUCCAAAGGCCUAACUCAGGUCUGCUGGCAGGACUGUGGGAGUUCCCAUCUGUCACCUCGGAGCCCUCGGCACAGCACCAGCACGAAGCCCUUCUGCAGGAGCUGCAGCGCUGGUCUGGACCCCUCCCAGGCGCUCGUCCCCAGCACCUGGGGGAGGUGAUCCACAUCUUCUCCCACAUCAAACUGACGUAUCAGGUGUAUAGUCUGGCCCUAGAAGGACAGACCCCAGUGGCCCCCGCACCUCCUGGCGCUCGAUGGUUGACUUGGGAGGAAUUCCACAGUGCAGCUGUCUCCACCGCCAUGAAAAAGGUGUUCCGCGUGUAUGAGGACCAUCAGCGAGGGACCCGCAAGGGUUCUAAAAGGCCCCGGAUGUCUACUCCAUCAAGCCGGAAAAAACCCAGCCGGGGCCAGCAAGUCCUGGAUAGUUUCUUUCAGCCUCGUAUUCCCACAGACACACCCAACAGUACAGCCCAGUGAUUCCCCCAGGAAGCCCACCCCAAAUCCAGUCUUAAUAAAAUGCUUAUUUUUGUA